GAGCUGCAAAUUCAUUGUUGCAGUUUCAAAUUAGUUUAAUGUGAUUGAAAAUUAAAAAAUUGUAAGUCGUGUUAUUGUAACAAGUAAUUAACCAACAAUUGUUUUAUUUAUCAAUAAUUAGACCUAACCUAUAAAAAUACGAAACAGCAAAUGAAACUAUGGAUAAAAACUUAACAGAAAAUGUUAAAGCCAAAACAAACGAAGAUAAUUUUAAGUUAAAAGCCGGAGUUUUUUUUGCUUCGGUCGCUGGUUUAUCAGCCGCUAUUGGCUUUGGAACAACUCUUGCAGCUGCUAAAAAACAAGAUCCGAAAUAUUUUGAUAAAGGCGUUGUAGGUUCUAUUGGAAUGACUGAUACAGGAGCUGGCUUAGCACUUCGUGCAUUAGGAUGGGGGACAGUAUUUGCUUUUGGUGGUUGCGGUAUUUUAUUUUAUUCUAUUUGGAAACUAUCAGGCGCUAGAGAUCUUAAAGAAUUUCGAGUGAAAAUGGGAGAAAUAUUACCGAGGCUUACGAAAACUGAUCCACCAACCAGCCGUACUGAAUUCUCAAAUUUGACUGACUUAUUAACUUAUUUAAGUGCGGAUUAUGGAAAAAGUAAACCUAAAAGCUAGCUAGUCACUUAUUUAUACGUAUAAUAAAACUGUUAAAAUAA